AUGGAAACUGAUCGAAGAACACGCAAUCGAAAAAUUUUCGGUUAUAUAGCUGUAGGUACAUGCGGCGCCAUAGCUACAGCUGUCUGCAUGAUAAGCUGGCCUUUUAUAACACCAGCUUUCCGCCGAUACUGUUUGCCUUACGUUCCAGCAACAACUGAGCAGGUCUCUAUCGUACUCAAGUUAUGUCGUCCCGGUCGCCUAGUAGACCUUGGUAGUGGCGAUGGCCGAAUUGUUAUAGCAGCAGCUCGCGAAGGACACCAAGCAUUUGGAUAUGAGUUAAACCGGUGGCUAGUGUUAUAUUCUAAAAUUAAAGCGAGAAUGGAGGGUAUGCACACUAAAACCUUAUUUCGUACUGCAGAUUUAUGGAAGAUAGAUUUAUCGACAUACGACAACAUUGUCAUAUUUGGCGUUCCCAGUAUGAUGAAAGAUUUAGAGAAAAAAAUCAAGUCUGAGAUGCACCCUAGAAGCCAUGUAAUAGCAUGUAGAUUCUGUUUUCCCUCGUGGGAUCCGGUAGAUAUUAUAGAAGGGGAUAGCUGCACAGCUUGGUUAUACAAAAGUAAAAGAUGUAAAGAUGAUGUAAAAAGUAAAGUAAAAGAUGAUAGCAAAAAAUUAUGUGAUUGA